AUGAAUCUGAUGAGAUGCCUUCUUAUUGCAGUCACUGCGGCGCCAAUUCUGGCUCAAAAUGGAAACGACACCUAUGACAAGUGCCGGGAGAUCAUAAGACAUGUCGCUGAGGACGAGAUUCAUUUCAACUCUACAGGCUCAACGUCGUUCAAUUUUCCCGGGCAAAAGGACCCUUGGCACCUUUCUAUGGCUACGUUUUUCCACCUUGCGAGGAACACAAGCCAAGUGAGAGACGUUUCGUCGACUGGAGAUCGAGUUGUCUUCCUGAGCGUCCCGCAGUCACUCAUCGGAUCGGCACGGGGCAACAACACGGAGGUCUGUUAUUAUCAGAUGGACCCAGUCAACGCGACUUCCAAUGCGGACGACGACGGCGAAAGUUGCAACGGUAUACUCAGCGAGAAAUGCCAAGAAGCUUUGCGAAGUGCAGGAGGGCCAAUAAACGGACUUUGUUCAAGGUUCAACAUUGAUGACGAUUGCGGAAAGGCCAUGAGGCUAUGGACAACAAAACCUCUCAACUUUUCAAGUUCUGAGUGCUCAGUCGAUGAACUCCCGGGAGUGGGACUUCCGACAGGAUAUCGGACAUUCAGUAUCAUGUCCGAAGGACACGACCUUCCUCCCGAAGAGGAUGGCUUCCUCGAUGCCUACGAUUUGAUGGUGCGGCAACCACUUCCCAUUGUUUUGGCAGCAAGGGUUCCCGACCAGAACAAGAUCGCAGUUGAGAUUGCUUGCGUGGCUCCAGACAAUAUUACAACAGACAGCCGUGUUCCUGACAGUGAAUUUCCGCCUAGUGGUGCUGGCGACUUAAACGUGCGAGCAACUGCAACGUUUGCAAUGGCUGUAGCUUGUAUCGUUGGUGUGAUAUUUGUAUGA